AUGUUGUCUCCAAGCGCCAGGAAACUAGAAACUGUUUUACAAAGGCACCAAGAUGUUUUCAAAAAUGAGCUGGGCCAAAUGAAAGACAUUACUGUUAAACUCAGCCUCAAAACAGAGGCGAGGCCAAAAUUCUUGAAACCUAGAACUGUGCCCUAUGCUAUACGCUCGAAGGUCGAUGCUGAACUGGAUGCCCUGGUCACCAGUGGUGUGCUAGAGCCAGUAGCAAUUAGUGAGUGGGCCACGCCUAUUGUCCCAGUGUCCAAGAGAAAUGGGGAUAUCCGAAUUUGUGGGGAUUUCAAGGUGACUCUGAAUCCUGUAUUUGCUCCAGAACAAUAUCCCCUGCCACACAUUGAUGAUUUGUUUGCUGGACUUAGUCACGGACAAAAGUUUAGCAAAAUAGAUCUAAAUCAGGCCUACUUACAAAUGGUAGUUGAAGAAGAGUCUCGUGAGCUUCUCACCGUAACGACACAAAAGGGCCUGUUCAGAUACUGUCGACUUCCUUUCGGAGUCACAUCAGCCCCUGCCCAUUUCCAGCGGGCCACGGAACAGAUCCUCAAUGGCCUCCCUGGCACUCAAUGCUACCUUGACGACAUCCUCUGCACGGGAGCCACCGAUGAAGAACACCUACGCAACCUGGACGCGGUCCUCCAGCGCUUGCAGGAUUAUGGCCUUAGAGUGCGCAAGGACAAGUGCGAAUUCUUUAAGCCGUCAGUCGAAUACCUGGGGCAUGUUAUCGAUGCCAGUGGAUUGCACACCACGCCUUCCAAGAGCCGUGCCAUUGCAGAUGCCCCGCCACCCGAGGAUGUAGGUCAGUUACGCUCUUUUCUGGGCUUACUAAACUACUAUGGCCGGUUUAUACCCAACUUAGCAUCCAUACUGAAACCGUUACACAGCCUGCUCUGUAAAGGAAAGGCCUGGAAAUGGAGUGAAGCGUGUCAGCAUGCUUUUCAGCUAGCUAAGGAUACCCUGUUGAAGUCGGAGGUGCUCACACACUUUGACCCCUCUCUACCCAUUCAACUCGCCUGCGAUGCUUCUCCUUAUGGAGUAGGGGCUGUCAUAUCCCACAUAUUGCCAAAUGGGGAUGAAAAACCUAUUGCUUUCGCGUCGCGAACAUUGAAUAAGGCAGAGUCUAACUAUGCACAAAUUGAGAGAGAAGCCCUGGGCAUUGUCUUCGGGGUCCGGCGUUUUCAUCAAUACCUGUACGGGCGGCGGUUUACCCUCCUGACUGAUCACAGACCUCUCACCACGAUUCUGGGGCCACACUCCGGCAUACCAUCUUUGGCAGCGAGCCGCAUGCAGCGUUGGGCCCUGCUGUUAUUGGGCCAUUCAUACGAGAUCAAAUAUCGCAAAGCAGACCGACACCAAAAUGCGGAUGGCUUAUCUAGGCUUCCAUUGCCUGUUACCAAACCCGACAGCCGUGCAGAGAUCUUCUACUUUAGCCAGGUAGAGGGCGCACCGGUUACUGCUGUACAGGUGAAGAGGGCGACUCGCACUGAUCCUGUGUUGGCGGGGGUCAUGGAUAUGGUAGCAAGAGGGCACUCCAUUUGCAACAUCCCAGGUUACCAGCCUUACCUGUCAAGGAAGACAGAGCUGUCAAUACAGUCGGGAUGUUUGCUGUGGGGGAGAAGGGUGGUCAUUCCACCAACACUUCGAAAGACUGUUCUGCAACAACUGCAUGCGGGCCAUAGCGGCAUUGUGCGCAUGAAGGAAUUGGCUAGGAGUUUCUUUUGGUGGCCAGGAGUGGACCGAGAGAUUGAGAGCGUGGCCAAGUGCUGCCACACAUGCCAGAGGGUCCGGAACAUGCCCCAGCUCGCGCCCUUACACCCUUGGGAGUUCCCAGAAGAACCAUGGCAGCGGGUCCAUGUAGAUUUUGCGGGGCCAGUAGAGGGCCAGAUGCUUCUGGUUGCCGUGGAUGCCCAUAGCAAAUGGCCUGAGGUAGCCGUUAUGAAAUCAACCACGGCAGCUAAAACCAUUGAGAAAAUUGGGGAAAUGUUCAGCCGUUUUGGAUGUCCCACACAAUUGGUUUCUGACAAUGGGCCCCAGCUAGUGUCAGAAGAAAUGAGCACCUUCUUACAAGUGAACGGGCACAUCAAAUCAGCACCCUUUCAUCCAGCUACCAACGGGUUAGCUGAAAGGUUUGUGCAAACCCUUAAACAUGCACUGAAGACGUCUGAGGGUCAGGGGUCCUUUCAUCAGCGGCUGCACCGAUUUCUGCUAACUUACAGAAAUACACCCCAUGCUACAACAAAGUCUUCCCCAGCAUCCUUGAUGUUCAAGAGGGACCUGCGGACUCACUUCGAUCUGCUUAAACCUGCUGUUGUGAAAGACACCGUUCAAGAGAAUCAAGGGAAACAGGUACAACAGCGUAAACAGACCAAGGAAAGGAGCUUCGUACCUGGUGACCACGUACUGGCCAGGAACUACAGUGCAGGUCCACAGUGGGUGCAGGCGACCAUAGUGGCCAAGACAGGUCCAGUCUCGUACACCCUCCAGACUGCUGAUGGUCGUAGGUGGAGGAGGCAUGUCGACCAAAUCCUACUGAGCGCUGCACCAGCACCCGCACCGCCCUCCACGGGUGGCAGUGGGGAUCUAGUGGAGGAUGACGUUGCUGAGACCACGGCGGCCCCUGGGGCGGUUUCCGUUCCUGAGGGAGCUGUACCUGAUACUCCGCCAGAGAUACAGGCGGAAUUGCCACCGCCUUCUCCUGGGGUGCCAUCAACGUCCCCAAGGGGCGUUACACCAGGCCCUUCCCGAGAGCGCCGAUAUCCAGAGAGGGAGCGGCGUUCCCCCAAGCGAAUGGACUUGUGA